AUGGACCAGAGCAUCGCCAUCGCACAAGACGCACUCGCCAACCCGCCCGCCGAGCUGGCGUGCAACCCGCUCCUCGCGGAGGCGCAGGCCAACCUCCCCGACCACCUGCGCAACAACGACCACGCCCCGGCCGGUGCAGCAGUCGGCCUUCAGUCCAACGCCGAGGGCUCUGGCCUCGACGCCAAGCUCCAAGUCGUCGACGAGAACCAGCGCUUCACCACGGCCCUCGAUGAGCACAUGAAGGGGUGGAAGCUCGCCGACGCCGGCUUCAACUACGACGUCGUCGCCGUCUUUGGCUCGCAGUCGACCGGCAAGAGCACGCUCCUCAACCGCCUGUUCGGAACCAAGUUCGACGUCAUGAGCGAGAGCGAGAGGAGGCAGACGACCAAGGGCAUCUGGAUGUCCAAGGGCCAGGACAUGCCCGUUCUUGUCAUGGACGUCGAGGGCACCGACGGUCGCGAGCGCGGCGAGGACCAGGACUUUGAGCGCAAGUCGGCUCUCUUCAGCAUGGCCGUCGCCGAGGUCCUCCUCGUCAACAUCUGGGAGCACCAGGUCGGCCUGUACCAGGGCGCCAACAUGGGCCUCCUCAAAACCGUCUUCGAGGUCAACCUCGGCCUGUUCCUCGCGGCAAAGCAGAAGGGCAAGGCCCGAGGCGACUCGCAGGACAAGACGCUCCUCCUGUUCGUCAUCCGCGACCACAUCGGCGCCACGCCUCUCGCCAACCUCCGCGCGACCCUGACGGCCGACCUGAACCGCCUGUGGGACGGCCUGAGCAAGCCCGAGGGCCUCGAGAGCUCCAAGAUCGACGACUUUUUCGACCUCGACUUUGUUACGCUCCCGCACAAGCUCCUCCAGCCCGAGCUGUUCGAGGCGCAGGUCGUCGAGCUCCGCCAACGGUUCAACAAGUCGAACGUCCAAGGCGCGGCGGCGUCGUCGUCGUCGUCCGUGUUCCAGAGCAAGUACCACAAGCGCAUCCCGGCCGACGGCAUCAGCACCUACAUGGGCACCAUCUGGGACGCCGUCGUGUCGAACAAGGACCUCGACCUGCCGACGCAGCAGGAGCUCCUCGCCCAGUUCCGCUGCGGCGAGCUCGCGGCCGCCGCCUUCUCGACGUUCGCCGCCCUCGUCUCGGCGUUCCCUCCCGCACCGCCCGCCGGCCAACUCGACUCGACGCUCGGCUCGCGCAUGCUCGACGCCAAGCAGGCCGCCCUCGUCGCGUACGACACGGCCGCGAGCCGGUACCACCCGGCCGUGUACGCCCGCCAGCGCGCCGAGCUCGUCGCCAAGGUGCACAGCGCGCUCGCGCCCCUGUUUGCGACCCAGCUCAAGAGCGCGCACAAGGGCCUGCUGCGCGCGUACCGCGUCGAGAUCGAGGACGCGCUCAAGGGCGACGGGUACGACUUUGCGCGCGUUGUCGCCGAGGCGCGAGCGCGCGCCGAGCGCACGUUCGAGGAGGAGGCCAAGCGGGUCACGCUCGAGGAGAGCGGGUGGAGCGCCGAGGAGGAGCGGGCCGCGCUCGGCGAGGACAUGGACAGCGUCGCCGAGCUGCUGCGCAAGGAGGAGACGCGCAAGAUGGUCGCAGUCAUCGAGCGCAACAUCAAGCGCCAGAUGGCCGAGACGGUCGAGCUCGCCCUCGACUCGCCGAGCGCCGACAUGUGGGACAAGGUCCUGAGCGCGUUCAAGGCGGCGCUCGCCAAGGCCGAGGAGGCCUACGUCCGCAAGGCGACGAGCUUCAACUGCACCAAGGACGAGGUCGAUGCGGCGCUGUCGCUCCUGCGCCGACGGGCGUGGCUCGCGCUGCGCUCCAAGCUCGACGAGCAGACGGCCGAGGCGGCGCUCCUCAACAAGCUCCGGCUCGUGUUCGAGGACAAGUUCCGGUACGACGCCGACGGCGUGCCGCGCGUGUGGAAGCCCGAGGACGACAUCGACACCAUCUUCCGCAAGGCCAAGGACUCGGUCCUCGAGCUCAUCCCGCUGUACGCCCAUAUCAAGCCGUCGGACGACAAGAACGCGUUCGAGCUCGCCUCGUCCGCAAGCUCGUCGAGCCUCGUCGACCCUGCCGCGUCGGCCGCCGACGACGAGUUCGACUUUGCCGACAGCCUGCAGCUGUUGACGCCGCAGGCGCAGGCGUCGCUCUCGGCCCGGUUCCGCCGCGAGACGGACGCCUACUACACCGAGGCCAAGCGCUCGAUGGUGUCGAGCACGUCGCAGAUCCCGUACUGGAUCUACUGCGUCCUCGUCGUCCUCGGGUGGAACGAGUUCGUCGCCGUCAUCCGGUCGCCGAUCUACUUCACGCUCCUUCUCCUCGGGUUCACGGCGGCGUACGUCACGUGGACGCUCAACAUGACGGGCCCGGUGCUCGCCGUGUCCAAGGGCGUCACGAACGAGGUCAUCCGCACCGUCAACGACCAGCUCCACGCCUACUUCUCGGCCCAGACGCCGGCAGCACACGCUCAGCGCCACCAUGCUGCACGCGUUCCCGUCGCCGUCCCGGCCUCGUCGGCGCCGGCCGAGGAGAUCGAGCUGUCCGAGAAGGCGGCGCUCAAGCGGGAGAAGGACGAGUAGACGUGGCAUCCUCUCGCUCUCGAGUUAUCUCUCUUGUAUUCGGAACCUCACGAUGUGCAGC